AUGGACUCGAGUUCUCCUAUCGCAAUCAUCGGCGUCGGCGAAGUUGGCGGGGCCGUCGCCUACAAUCUAACACUGGGCUCCAUCGCCAGCGAGUUGCUUCUCGUUGACCUUGACUUGACCUUGAGAAACGCUCAAGUCGAAGAUCUCUCGGAUGUGGCCUACAGCACUGGCAGAAGCACACGAGUGCGACCUGCCACGUACCGGGAGCCGGCCCAGAGUGAUAUCGUGGUCAUCACCGCCGCAUCCAAGCACACAUUAGGCCAAACCACUGCCGACUACACAUCUCGGAACACCUCCAUGAUCCGGGAAGUCAUGGAUGCAAUGAAGCCUUUCCGAUCCGACACUAUUUUGCUCGUCGUUGCAAACCCUGUUGAUCUGCUCACUUCCAUCGCUCAGGAAAUGUCUGGGCUUCCCAAGUCACAAGUCAUAGGUUCAGGAACCUCUCUGGACACUUCCAGGCUACGCGGAAUGGUUGCGUCUCGAGGUUCGGUCUCCCCCUCUUCCAUAGGUGUUUUUGUGGUUGGUGUUCACGGAGAAGAGCAAGUUACUGCAUGGUCGAUGGCAACUGUUGGUGCAGUCCCCAUUUCUGAGGUCCAGAUGUUUAGCUCUCUUGAUCGUACAAGAAUCGACAGCAUCUGCAAGCAUCGAUCCCAAGUCAUCAUCCGAGGUAAAGGCUCGGCCCCAUUCGGAAUUGCUUCUAUAACUGCAAACCUAUGCUGUUCUAUUCUCUUGGACAAGAGUGAAAUCAACCCUGUCUGCCAUUUCCAACCUCAGUUCGAUUGCUGUCUGAGCAUGCCUGCUAUCAUUGGAAGGAAAGGAAUUCUGAGCACCAUGCACCUGUCGUUGGACGAUCAGGAGCAGGCAGCUAUAGCAGCAUCAGCGAAGCACUUGAAGGACAGGAUUGAGUGGAUCCAAAAGGAUUGGUGGUAG